CAUCUCGUUAUUUCAUCAGCAGCAUUCAGCAUUUAAAAUUACAAAAAUACUCUUGUUCUAAACAUGUUCCUUAAUUAAUAUGAUUUAAUGUGAAUAAUAAGCAUUGUUUUAACGUAAGAUUAUGUUGUUCAAGCUCGGGGGUUUACCUGAAGUAAACGUCAGAGGUUGAAUGAAAUGAAAACUUGGGAUUAGUUAAUUAGUCUAUGGCCGCCAUGCGGGCGACCUGUCAAAAAAGAUGUCAAAUGUCUUCAUUCAGAAAGUACUUUAUUUACUCCUGAUCGCGAUUGAAUUCGUGCUUGCUAUUGUUUACAGUGUGAUAAACAGUAUAUUUUUAUUACUGAAAUUGUUAUUAAAUUACGUUUUUAAUGUAAAUAUGACCGAAUCAUCGAAAAAACGCAAGAGAAAUUCAAAUGACCAACCUAACCAAACGGUUGCCCUCCGCGGUGCUAUAGAUGCAAACUGGCAAAAGUUCUUAUCAAGCAGCCUUAUUAUGGACAAGAAAACAGAAAAACCAGCUCAGGAAAACAACAAAGCUCAAUAUUCAGGCACAUUCCGUCGCGCUAGGAAGAAAAAGGCAAAAGACCACGACAAUGUACAAAAUGACAUGAAAACUUUAAACUUGGCUUCGAACGGAGAUACAUUAGUCAAUAAAGUAGAUUUAGAUAAAAACUGUAACUCUAACAAUGUUAAUGGUGCUGUGAAAAACAAUAAUAACAAUAAAAAUCGUAUAACAAAGUUCUUAGCGAUGGAUUGUGAAAUGGUAGGCGUAGGUUAUGACGGCAACGAUCAUAUGCUAGCUAGAGUGUCCAUAGUCAACAAAUUCGGAGACUGCAUCUACGACAAGUUCGUGAAAGCGCGGGAAGAGGUCAAAGACUAUAGAACAGAUGUCAGUGGAGUGAGAAAAGAGGAUUUAUUGAACGGAGAAGAUUUUACCAAAGUUCAGAAAGAAGUGUCUGAACUGAUUAAGGGAAGGAUACUAGUUGGUCAUUCUUUGAAGAAUGACUUGUCUGUAUUGUUCCUGUCACAUCCUAAGAGAAAUAUUAGAGAUACGUCAAGAUAUAAACCGUUUAGAAAGAUAACCAAAGGCAGCACACCAUCUCUCAAGCGGCUUGCUAAGGAGAUCCUCGGCAUAGACAUACAGUCCGGCGAGCACAGCUCGGUAGAAGACGCCCGUGCGGCCAUGCAACUAUACUGCAGCGUGGCUCGACAGUGGGAGCCCACCCUCGUUGACAAGCGCGGCAAGAAGAAAGUUAACCCGGAUGAUGAUUAGUCUAGUAGAAUCUGUUGUACCCAUAGAUUUAGAAUAGCACUACAAUUUGAUAGUUUGGCAAUGAGUGACAAAUAACUAUAUGUGGUAUGUGUCCUAUAUGAGGACACUUUUGAGGUCCUCAAUGUAUCAAACACAAGUUUCAACAACAUAGGAGCAAUAAUUUUUAUUUACACUGUAAAUACCGAUUUUAUAAUUCAGACAUUCAUGUCUAAACUGAUGUAGUAAAUUUUUGGCUUCACUAAAGUCCCUUGAUUGCCAAUCUAUCUACUAUUCUAGAUCUAUGGUUCUACCCAUUUUUUAAAAUAAUAUUGGUCUAUGUUAACCAUGGGAAUCUAUAAUUAUUCCUUUUCUGCAAAAAUACAAAGUGAUUAAAAAGUAGCAGUCUAAAGUCAAAUCGAAUUUUAAACAAAGAAACAAACAUAAUAAAAUAUGAUUAUAGCAAAGAAAUGAAUUGCUGUUUAACAAAAAAGUUUAACAAAUGUAAAACUCUUGUUUAAGAAUGUAUGCAAAAUGCAAGAUUUUCUUAAACAUAAGUCAAACGUCUGUUUAACCUUUAUUUAAUGAAUACCAUAACCUUACUGUCCUAUGGUAUUUUUAUAUAAGCUUUUGAUACGAUUUUUUUUCUCAUGGUUAAACAUGUGCUAAACUAUAGAGAUCAUUCUUCUAUCAUUUUAGACAAAUAUUCUCAAGUUUUCCUAACUCGUGUAGCGGGAUCUACUGUGAUUAAAUUACUUAGUUUACUGUAAAAAAUCUAUAAUACUUACGAAAUUAUAGUUCGUAAAACAAGCUGUCGUUUUAAAAAUGUAUCAUGACGAAGUGGACACACUUAUUUUUUCCCUUUCGUCAAUGUACCUUUAAUAAUAGUUGAUUUUCCACUCCGUUUUUGGAAAAUCUGCUGUGUGAAGACGCUUAGUAGUUUUCAAAAUGCGUAAUUCGUAAAUGAAAAGAAGUGUUGUGUUCGAAAUAAUUCAGUCUGUAAUCAACUUAUGUUUCAGAAUGUCAUAAUUUUGUCACAUCAUGGAAAACUUUUUUUAUCACAUUCUUAUAUUGCUAAAAUCUUUUGCAAAUGUGUGUGCCUUUUACAUUUUCCAUGUCCUCGGGCGCGCCGUGGCGGCCAUGUUUUCAUAGACAAUCUGAUUCUGUUACCUCGCUCGAAUUCUUAUGCUCAAGUUCAUAAAUGUCAAUUUUCUUAAAACAACUGUUUAUUUUCUCGUUCAGUUUUCUAAGUAAACAGUUGUUUUGAAAUAGAGUAUUUGGACUUUAUUUUACCUAAACUGUAGGUACUUAGUAAGAAGUAAAAUGUUGAAGGUUUUUGCAUGUCAAACCACGGAUUGGAGAAGAAUAUUCUUCAUUCACUAACGUGUUCCCCGAUGUUGAUGUUGCUGAUUAAAUAUAUUUUUUUAUUAUUACGAA